GGACACCUUCGCUUCAUGUCCCGAGUCCGGCUUAUGCGCACGAACACACCAAGUGGUCAACGACAAGGCAUCGCACCACCUUGUCAUUCGGCUACUGCUGUCAUCAUCAUGCACCAUGUCAACGAUGGAAGAACGACCUGACGCCGUCAAAGCCCCUGAAGACACACCGUCCGAUACCAGCCCUCCUCCUCCGUCUAGUCCGCCAACGAUCAAACCCAUAACUACGUCCUCCGCCAUCGAUGCGACACUACGGUUCUUCGCGAAUGCCAGCAAUGAAACGCUAGGCGCCUGUGCCGUCGGACUAUGCGCCUCAACUUACCUGGUGCUAGGACGCGUCGGUCUGGUCUUGAUCGGCGCAGUUGGAGGCAUCGUCCUCCACGCAACAUGGGAGAGUCAGCAAGGAGACGGAGCCAAUGCGCAGGACGGUGAGGGCAGUCGCCGUAAGAAAGAGCUUGGGAUAGAGGUGGCACGCAGGGUUCUGGACUGGCGGGAUAAGAGAAGGAAAGACAGAGAGGAGGAAGACGUCUUCGACGAAACCAAUCUCGACAUCGAUACGAGCACGAAGACGUUGGACUAUUCAGACUUUCCAGCAGAGACCGGCUUGGCUCUCACGAGUCUGACGGACGCUGUCAUACGAGACUAUGUGAAGUACUGGUAUAGUCCAGUACUACCAGACGAGCAGUCCUUUCCAGCCAGCUGCAGACAGACCUUGACGAAAUUCAUCAUCUCUUUCUCGAACCACCUUUCGCGCAAACGUACUGCAGAUCCUUUCCUGGACUUCGUUUCGAAUUCGACUUCGAUUGUGAUUGUCUUCCUGAAUGAGCUGUCAAAUGCUCUUAAGGCGUCACCCAACAAUGACGCUGAAACGGCGAUCAAGACAUACUUGCAGUUCCGUCCCGACAGCAACUUAGCCAACGUGCUGAGCAGAGAUCAACAGGAGCGCAAAUUGAUUUUGGUCGCCGAUGACAUCUUACAGAACUUUCUCGAUCCAAAGGCAUACAAUUGUCCUCCUGUAAAGGCAUUCUUGCGUCAGGUCCUGGCUAGCCUGAUUUUAGAGUCUACUGUCGAGGCUUGCUCAAAACCAGAAUGGAUCAAUGGUUGGAUAGUAUAUCUGUUAGAAGACGGAGAACCCGAGAUCAUGAACGCGAUCGAUGCUGGCGUCGAGGACAUGAGCGGAGCAAUGUCAAAAGCCAAAACAGAGGUAGCAGCUGGCCAAGGCCACAACCGACGAGUAAGCAGAGCAGAAGAAGCCAUGCAAGAAGCGAUGCGAGAAGCGCAAAGGCUUAACGAGAUGAUCGCCGAAGACGAAGCACGCCGCAGGCGCGGUUUACCUGCAAGCGAGCACGAAGAGACCAGCUCCGUGGCCACAACUGACCUUGGAAUUGCCACACCUACCUCAUCCGACAGUGACCGCAACAGACCUACGUCGUCACUGGACACUUCUCUAGUCUUCGAUAUUGAUGGGAACGCCAUCCAUUCAGCCGCUCCAAGUCCGAACAAAUCUGCUCCUGUCACACCGAGCAAGGAGCAUGCUCAAUUCACGAACUUCGAACAACUCGGGAACACCACACUGACUCCCCCACAGCCUGUGUCUAGUGCUCCGGCGCCAGUUGAGAUCAUGGUCGCAGUCCCUCUAACCUUGCAGAAUGCAGCCAUCACGAUUCUUGACCUGGGCGACGGUAAUGAGAGGGCUAUCCUCAAGCAGAAACCGAACAGCGAAUACUUGCUGCAAAUCGAGCCAGCAUCGCAGCGCUACCCGGGAUGGAUGGUGACACGUCGAUAUUCCGAUUUUGAACCGCUACAUCAGACGUUAACGACCAUUGCUCGUAUCACCGGUGUGCCCGGGUAUGGACAACUUUACCCAGCUCUGCCGACAUGGAAGGGCCAGACAAGCACGUCUUUGUUACAGAGCUUAGAGAAGUUCUUGCGGUUUUGUCUCAAAUACGAACCACUAGCAGAAACCGAGGCUAUGAAGAAGUUCCUGGAUAAGGAGACUGGUCUGCAGAAAGCGCCCGCCCAAAGCAAGAAUGUUUUGGUUCAAGGCGGUGCAGCGCUAGAAAACGUGGGCAAAAAUUUCAUCAACGUUCUUGGCCAAGGCGGAAAGAACAUUGCUGGAGGCGGCAAAGCGGUCUUUGGGGGUGUCCAGGGUGUUUUUGGUGCCGUCGCUACUGGAGUUGGUGGAGGACCAAAGAAAGCCGCCAGACCUUCGCAGCAACUGUCCAGAACUGACACUUCAUCCAGUGCCUCGAAUUACAGGUACAGUCAGGAGCUGCCGAGGCAGAGUACUGAAAGUCUUGAAGUCAAGCCACCACCACUCCCAACUCGGCGGGGAAAUAACACUAUCGGCACGGAGCAGCCGUCUGACUCUGCGCCUGCUCCGGUCGAGUCAAGUCGUCAGUCAGAGGAAAGUAUGCAUUUCCCUCCGCCACCGAGUGUCAUCUCGGACGACUACUCCCCGAUUACGCUGCCGGCAUCUGAGACGCCGCCACGACCUCGUCAGGAUACCAUCGUUGCGAAUCCCGCAACAGCCGCUCCACUGUUCAAUGUGGAAGAAGCGAAUACGCCAACGACCGCGAACGUGACAAAGACGCCCUCAAGAAGACCUAAGCAAGAUGAUGUGCCUAUUUCUGAGGAAGAGACUCGGAUAUGUAUUGAGUUGAUCUUUGCAAUCCUCACUGAGCUAUACUCGCUUUCCGGGGCUUGGUCUAUUCGACUGUCUCUUCUAGGCGCGGCGAGAACGUUUCUCCUCCGACCAAACAAUCCACAGCUCGAAUCUAUCCGCCUACUUCUGCAAGAGAGCGUGAUUGAAGCAAACUUCUCUGACAAAGGUCUAGCAGCGCAUAUCAACAAGUUGAGAGAGAAUACGCUGCCCACGCCAGAAGAAAUGGCCAAGUGGCCCAAGGAGCUGACGCCAGAGGAGAAGGAGGAAUUACGCAUCAAAGCGCGCAAACUGUUGGUUGAGCGAGGAAUGCCGCAGGCUCUGACUAGUGUCAUGGGAGCUGCGGCAAGCGGCGAGGCUCUGGGUAGAGUAUUUGAUUGUCUGCAAAUUCAGCAUGUGGCGAGAGGUUUGAUAUUUGCGCUCCUGCUCCAAGCUAUUAGGGCUGCUACACAAUGAUUUGACGUUGAUCUGUGAGCAAUGAUGGGAAGAGCACCAGUGGUGGCUUCAGUGUACAAUAGCGGUGGAUUUUAAAACGAAUGGCGUUGGUGGCAUGACAUGGGCUUGACUUGGGCUUUCUGAGAUGCCUGCAGGACCCGAUGUACCAUUAAGUAGACGCUGCAAUCGAGAUGCCAAUGAAGGAGAGGACGAUCAACU